AAGAGUGCCUCAGUGGGGAGGUCAAGCUCUUCGACAGGCAGCCGACGGCAGUGCUGAACUAGCCCUCGCCUCUCAACAUGUAAACUCGGACUCACUGCACAGCCAUUCGCAACACGGCGGCAACGAUUUGCUUGAUCGUGGACGUGUUCUGACCACAACUCAGGCACCCCGUGGUCCGAGCCUGAAACCUCUGGACCUGGCUGCGGUCACUGGAAGUGCAUCACCUUCUCUGAGCGCGAAUGGAACCUCUGACGCUCUGCGCAUCGAGCUCUCUCGCAUCGUGCAAGAUUUGGGCGACUGGCUAGAAGUGCUCGGAAAAGGACUGGGCGACAUCGUCGAUCAUAAUGACGCAUCUGCUGCCGCAGGUAGCAGCUGAUGUUGACGGAAAGUCUUGGAGCGCGGAAAAGAAAUGGCUUUUGGAGCCUAGGUCUCGGGGAAAAGCUAGCCCAUUGGCAACCUUGCUCGAAUUUGUUGCAACACAGUGCACAUCUUGGCAGUCCCUAUCCCCCCUAAUGUGCUCGCAAUUGAGAAUUGACAUGUCACCAUCUCGCGGCUCUUGUACUUUACAUCAACAUGCAAUUCGCAAUGAUGGCAAUCGCUGCCGUGCUGGUUGCUUUGCCUCGCUGCCGCACAGAUUGCCAUUGAAGUGGACAGUGAAUGUCUUAGAAGUACGAGCUGCUCGGCGGCAUCGGUAUAGGGACUGCUGCCUGUUGUUGAGUGUCAACAGAGGUGACUGUGACCGCGUAAGCAGGUGCUUGCGGGGCUGCUGCGGAUCGCAAGCGGCGGUCUGCAUGCGCGGUCGGAGAUGCAUGGGCUCCGAGCGAGGCCUAAUCCAGAGCCAAAGGCUUGUGAUGGUGGAGACGGAUAAAGCAGUUGGAUCAUCUGAUCACUCAGCAACAUGUUUCAGCCACGCUGGGUGAGAUCUGUCUGCUCCCUCUCCGCCUCUCUCCUGAGGUUGACGCUUCAGCAUGACUAGAUUGCUAUGCCAAGACGAAGAGCAUGCUGAGGAAGCUUGGCGUAGGAGCUAUGCC